AUGGAUGGUGGUACCAGUGCCAUUGAUCUAGCCUUACGUCGGAUUCUUUUGCUGUCCAAAUUGUUUACCAACUCGUGGGGCAAACCUGAAAUAUUAGGACGAUCUCGUAAAUUUCGUAGAGAUGUGAUAUCGAAAGCAUAUAUUAUGGAAAUUGUGGAGCGUUCAAAACCAGCAAUGGUUAUUACGAAGGAAGAAGCUGCGAGAAAUGGUAAUCGCUACGUAGAAGGUUAUUUCCCAAGUCCUUUAGCAUUUAUUUUUCCUGAUCUGUUACCUGGCAAUGUUGGGCAAGCUACAUGGCGUGGCAAAUUCUCUAAAGUAAAGCAUGCUUUGGUAAUUCAUCUUGCUGGUACCGGAGACCACACUUAUUUCAGACGUGAAUUUGGUUUUGCAAAUGACUUGAUGAAAAGCAACAUAAGCUCAAUUUUGCUGCAGAAUCCAUUCUACGGAUCCAGAAAACCACGAGACCAAUUCAGGUCAAGCCUUAUCAACGUUUCUGACCUUUUUAUUAUGGGUGGUGCACUGGUUGCCGAAUGUAAUUUUUUACUGAAGUGGGCAAGGCAACAAGGCUACUGGCCUGUAGGUUUGGCUGGUGUAUCAAUGGGUGGUCAUAUGGCUUGUCUGGCAUGUACAAACUCUCCAGAACCAAUUGCACUAGUACCAUGUCUUUCAUGGACUACAGCUUCAACUGUUUUUGUCCAGGGAACACUAUCGAAAUCAGUUUCUUGGGAUGUGCUGACAAUGGAAUUACUGUCUAAACAAUUUCAAGAUGGAAUUCGAGAAAUACCAGGAUGCGACUGGCUUGAUAGAUCUUAUGAAAUGGAGAAGAAACUCAAUGAUAAUUCACCAUUCAGUGCUGCGAAAUGUUUUAUGUAUGUAUUGAUGGAAGAAUUUACUAAUCUGUGCAACUAUCCCGCUCCAAAGGACACUAGGCUCAUAAAGAAUAUCAUUGCUGAAAAUGAUGGUUAUGUUAUUCGAGCUGGAGUACCUACAAUGCAACAAGUUUGGCCUGGAACAACUGUAGAGAUAAUCAAAGGAAUGGGCCAUGUAGAGGCAUAUCUAGCUAGUCACACACUGUUCCGAAGAUGUAUCAGAGAAAUGCUACGAAAAAAUCAGGAACUUUAUAGCUGA